CCUUGCAUCCGUGGCCGAAAUGGACAUCUGGAUCGUCCCCUUUGUAGCCUUCCUCUUGCUUGCGCUCCUUGUCAAGCUCACCAUCAGGAGCUCCGGCACAUCCUCACCACUCACAAAUCCAUCAGCGCUUCGCCUCCCACCGGGGCCAUGGCAGCUGCCGCUCAUCGGCAGCCUGCACCAUCUCCUCCUGUCGCGCUUUCGCGACCUGCCUCACCGGGCGCUGCGCGAGAUGUCCGGCACCUACGGGCCCCUCAUGCUGCUCCGCUUCGGCGCCGUGCCCACGCUGGUGGUCUCCUCCGCCGAGGCUGCCGGGGAGGUGAUGAGGACCCACGACCUCGCCUUCUGCGACCGCUACCUGAGCGCCACCUUCGACAUCAUCACCUGCGGCGGCAACAACAUCAUCUCCUCCCGCUACAACGAGCGCUGGCGCGAGCUCCGCAAGGUGUGCGUGCUCGAGCUCUUCAGCCAGCAACGGGUGCUGUCCUUCCGUCCCGUCCGGGAACACGAGGUGGCGCGCCUCCUCCGCUCCAUCUCCGACGAGUGCGGCGGCGGCGGCGGCGGCCACCACCAGCCCGUCAACCUCAGCCAAGGGAUAUGCCGCAUGAUCAACGACGUCGUCGCGCGCACGGUCAUCGGCGACCGGUGCAAGUACCAGGACGAAUACUUGCGCGAGUUGGAUCAAGUAGUGCGGCUGAACGGCGGGUUUAACAUGGCGGACCUGUACCCAUCCUCGCGGCUGGUACGCCGGUUCAGCACGGCCGCCAGGGACAUGGCGAGGUGCCAGAGGAACCUGUACCGUAUCAUCGAGAGGAUCAUCCAGGAGCGCGCAGUAGUCAUGCAGGCAACGGCAGAGCGAGAGGAAGACGACGACCUUCUCGGUGUCCUCUUGAGGCUGCAGGCGGGUGGUGGCCUGCGGUUUGCACUCACCACCGAGAUAGUUAGCACCAUCAUUUUCGAUAUUUUCUCUGCUGGGAGUGAGACGUCAUCGACUGUACUAGUAUGGGCAAUGUCGGAGCUUGUUAAGAAUCCUCAGGUCAUGCAUAAGGCCCAGUCAGAGGUGAGGGAGGCCUUCAAAGGGCAACACAAGAUAACUAAAGAUGAUUUGGUCAAGUUAAGAUAUCUACCGCUAGUGAUCAAGGAGACUAUGCGGCUACAUGCUCCCGUACCACUCUUGAUCCCUAGAGAAUGCCGCGAGACAUGUCAGGUUAUGGGUUAUGACGUGCCAAAAGGAACUAGGGUGUUUGUGAAUGUUUGGGCAAUAUCAAGAGACAACAAGUUUUGGGGUGAUGGCGAGGUGUUUCGGCCAGAACGAUUUGGAAGUAGCAGUGUCGAUUUUAGGGGUACUGACUUCGAGUUCACGCCUUUUGGAGCAGGCAGGAGAAUAUGCCCUGGCAUCACGCUCGGACUGGCCAACAUGGAGUUGUCGCUUGCUAGCCUUCUCUACCAUUUUGACUGGGAUCUACCUGAUGGCGUUAGGUUGGAAGAACUUGAUAUGACAGAGGUCUUUGGUAUAACGUUAAGAAAGAAGUCCAUGUUAUGGCUCAAGGCUAAACCUCACAAUAAUUUUGUAUCAAAUUAAUAAGGUGAUCUAUGAUGCGAACUAUGUCUCUGCUGCUACUUAAUUUGUCCCUAAGUGCGAUUAUAACUAUAAUAAUAUCAAUCUAUACCGCAAGACAGUAGAAUAUAUAUAUAUAUCCAGAGUUUGGUCCUAUGCUUAAGUCAUAUUGUAAUUCAUUACUAUUUGUAUUAAGUGUAGUUAUCUUUAUUUAUUUAUUUCUGGCAAAAUUAUCAAGUGGUCAUUUAAUGAUCAGACAAGAAUGAAAUGAGAUAGAUCUAUUAGUCUAAUCUUAGUAGGAGUUUCAUCAGAGUUUUUUUUUUGUAUUUAUUAUUAAAC